AUGGCUCGUACUAUUACAUUUGCUACACUCUUUGCUGCUGUCAAUUACGCCUUUGCGGCACCAUGGAAGGGCGAGGUUAAGAAGGUGGGUGGCGCUACGUACCAGUGCAAAUGCUAUUCGGACAACUCGUGCUGGCCAACCAAUGCGGACUGGAACGCCUUGAACAAGACUGUGGACGGCGCUUUGCAGGUAGCCGUACCUCCUGGUGCAGCUUGCCACAAGAGCUUUGAAAACUCGACGGUCAGCGUGUACAACAAGGCGGCGUGUGCUGAGGUUCAGGCGAAUUGGAUCAAUGAACAGUGGCUGACUGAUCAUCCCAUUGCAAACCUGUGGCCGCUGUACACGAACAAUACCUGCCUGCCGAACGAUGACCCAAGCACUCCUUGUACUCGGGGUUUUUAUGGUAGAUACGUCGUCUUGGCGAAGACAAAGGAGCACAUCAAGGCCGGAAUUGACUUUGCACGGGAACGGAAUCUGCGUUUGAUUAUUAGGAACACUGGUCACGAUUUUAUGGGACGCUCCACAGGCUUUGGAUCGCUCAUCAUCAACACCCACAGCUUCAAGGAUGUGAGCUUCCUCAAGACAUAUAGUGGGCCCGGAAACUGGACUGGUAGCGCUGCGGUUGUAGGUGCGGGAGUGCAAGGACGUGAGUUGUUCCGACAGGCUUUUGCGCAGAAGCCACCAGUUGUCAUUGUUGGCGGAGAGUGCCCAACUGUCGGAUGGGCUGGAGGGUACAUCCAAGGAGGGGGCCAUGGUCCGCUGACGUCGAUUUAUGGCAUGGGUGCUGACAAUGUACUGGCCUUCGACGCCGUGACUGUGGACGGAGAAUACGUCACCGCCAACGCAAAGGAAAAUUCAGAUCUUUUCUGGGCCCUAAAAGGGGGUGGUCCAUCUACCUUUGCAGUCGUCGUCUCCAUCACAGUCAAGACCUUUCCCGAGGUUCCAACCGCAGGGACCAUCAUCAACAUCAACAGCACCCAUACUAACGACUCGGCUGUCUUCAACAAGGGUUUCCAUAUUUUCCACAACCUGGCGAACCAUUACGUGGACAACGGCAUGUUCGUCUACUUCGAGGUGGGUCCAGGACCAGGCAGACUGCACAUCGCUCCUCUCGUUGGUCCUAAGAUGGAUGAAAAGAAGCUCAACGAAGUGCUGAAGCCUCUGUUCGACCAGUUGGACGCAGCCAAGAUCCCGCACGACAGACACACGAGAGCUUUCCCCACCUUCUUUGAGUUCUACAUUGACAUGUUCGAAGAUGAACAGCCGAAUCAGAACUCAAUCGUAGGGGGGCGUCUGUUUACGCGCAAGGAUAUCGAUGACGGUGCUGACGAGGUAGCGGACGCGAUCCUUUUUGCCAGCGGCAACCCUACCAAGGACAGGAUCGGCUUCUCGGUUGGGCACAUUGUUGAUCCUGGCCACGGCGUUCCCUACGCGGACAAUGCCAUCAACGACAAGUGGCGCAAGUCAAGCAGCUUUGUCAUCACGAACGUGAUCAUGAGUGGCCUGGAGUCGUGGGAAGAGAAGAAACAGCUGGAAGACGUCCAGACCAACGUCGUUGGAAAGCGGCUCAGGGAAGCUGGACCUGACGGGGCGACGUAUGUGAACGAAGGCGACCUCAACGAGCCGAAUUGGCAGCACUCGUAUUGGGGCGACAAGUAUCCUAGGCUGUUGGAGAUUCGGAAGAAGUGGGAUGCGAAGGGGGUCUUGUACACAAAGACGACGCCUGGGACCGAGGACUGGGAUGUCCUUGAUCAAGGAACGAAGCUCUGCCGGAAGGUUUCGUGA